AAGAGUGACAAACAGGAGUCUAGCAGUCACACAAUGGCUUCAGGAAAGUGGAUCUGUGUGUUGACUUUUUGCAUUUUAACUGCAGAAUCACAUGCUCAGCUUGAUGUAUGUGGCACUACUCCACUCAACACCAGGAUAGUUGGAGGUGAAGACGCUCCAGCUGGAAGUUGGCCCUGGCAGGUUAGUCUGCAGAGAUUCGGCAGCCAUGUUUGUGGUGGAUCCCUCAUCAACAGAGAGUGGGUGAUGUCUGCUGCUCACUGCUUCUCCAGUGCGGAUAACUCAGGAUGGCGGGUUUCUCUGGGCCGUCAGAACCUGCAAGGCAAUAACCCAAAUGAAGUGUCCAGCACUGUUGCUGAGAUAGUGUUGCACCCAGCUUAUGACAGUGACACCAGCAACAAUGACAUAGCUCUACUCAGACUCUCAUCACCAGUCAAAUUCACAGACUACAUCAGACCUGUGUGUCUGGCAGCCGGUGACAGUGUGUUCAACAGCGGCACUGAUAGCUGGGUCACGGGCUGGGGUGCAGUCAAGGAAGGAGAGUCAUUACCGUUCCCUGAAACCCUUCAAGAAGUGGAGGUGCCAGUUCUGGGAAACAGACAGUGUAACUGUCUCAAUGGAGUCGGUACAAUCACAGACAACAUGAUCUGUGCUGGUCUUCUGGCAGGAGGCAAAGACUCAUGUCAGGGUGACUCAGGAGGUCCAAUGGUGAACCAGCAGGGCUCCGUCUGGGUCCAGUCUGGAAUUCUUAGUUUUGGUUUUGGCUGUGCUCGGCCCAAACUUCCAGGAGUCUACGCCAGAGUGUCCAACUACCAGUCCUGGAUCAACUCCCACAUCAAAUCUGAUAAGCCAGGCUUUGUCCAGUUCAGCUCCAGUGGACUGGAUGCUGAUAACAGCUACACCUGUCCUGGUCUGCUACCUCCUCCUGUCACUGCAACUAUUACUACUGCAGAACCAGGCACUGCUACUGACCCAGGAUUCACAGAAUCAAGUGCUAAAUUGUGUGGCAUCACUCUCCUGAAUACCAGGAUAGUUGGAGGUGAAGACGCUCCAGCUGGAAGUUGGCCCUGGCAGGUUAGUCUGCAGAGAUUUGGCAGCCAUGUUUGUGGUGGAUCCCUCAUCAACAGUGAGUGGGUGAUGUCUGCUGCUCACUGCUUCUCAAGUGAGAGUACGUUGAGAUGGCGGGUUUCUCUGGGCCGUCAGAACCUGCAGGGCAAUAACCCAAAUGAAGUGUCCAGCACUGUUGCUGAGAUAGUGUUGCACCCAGCUUAUGACAGUGACACCAGCAACAAUGACAUAGCUCUGCUCAGACUCUCAUCACCAGUCAAAUUCACAGACUACAUCAGACCUGUGUGUCUGGCAGCCGGUGACAGUGUGUUCAACAGCGGCACUGAUAGCUGGGUCACGGGCUGGGGUGCAGUCAAGGAAGGAGAGUCAUUACCGUUCCCUGAAACCCUUCAAGAAGUGGAGGUGCCAGUUCUGGGAAACAGACAGUGUAACUGUCUCAAUGGAGUCGGUACAAUCACAGACAACAUGAUCUGUGCUGGUCUUCUGGCAGGAGGCAAAGACUCAUGUCAGGGUGACUCAGGAGGUCCAAUGGUGAACCAGCAGGGCUCCGUCUGGGUCCAGUCUGGAAUUGUUAGUUUUGGUUUUGGCUGUGCUCGGCCCAAACUUCCAGGAGUCUACGCCAGAGUGUCCAACUACCAGUCCUGGAUCAACUCCCACAUCAAAUCUGAUAAGCCAGGCUUUGUCCAGUUCAGCUCCAGUGGACUGGAUGCUGAUAACAGCUACACCUGUCCUGGUCUGCUACCUCCUCCUGUCACUGCUGCAACUAUUACUACUGCAGAACCAGACACUGCUACUGACCCAGGAUCCACAAAAAGCGCUGAAUCUACCUCAACGACUACGCCAACAACAACAACAACAACACCAAAACCAACAACAACCACAACAACCACAAGCACCACGACCCAAACUGUAACCACUGCUGCACGUGAGUGUCCUGAAAAAAUGCUAAAUAAAAAUGGAUCGUGUUAUUUUUCUCUACCUGUCGUUUAUUUCAGAUUAUUUUUUUCUCAUACAGCGCCAAUGUGUGGCAAAGCUCCCCUGAACAGCCGUGCUGCCGGGGACAGUGGUCGUGUACCUGGAGGGAUGUGGCCCUGGAUGGUUAGUCUCUACAAAAAUGGGGUCUACACAUGUGGAGGAACCCUGAUAUCUAAAAACUUUGUCCUCACUUCUGCCCAGUGCUUCUCCACCUCAAAUCCAGAUAAGCGUGAGUGGAGAGUGUUGCUGGGCCCGCGCCUAGUGAAUGGAAAUGAGGAGUUUGUGAUGACUCGGGGCGUUAAGAAAAUUAUUCUGAGCAAAUUUACGGGCCUCAAUAUUGCUCUGCUGAAGCUGACUAAGCGAGCCAGCACAGGAGAUUUUAUCCAGCCUGUGUGUAUGGAUGUUAGCAAAGCCCGGAGCUUCCCUGUUGGAACUCAAUGCUGGGUGGCAGGCUGGGAUAAGGGCAUCAAGAGCGGAGCCACUCAAAAAGCCGGCUCAGGUCUUCGGGAUAUAGAAACUCAAGUGGCAAGCUGUGGGACUGGGUCUGGUUCUGACAACAUUUGCACUUAUGCCAUGAACCUUCAACAGGGGGAUCAUGGCGGCCCUCUGCUCUGCAAGUCAGAUGCCUCUUGGUUCCAGGUGGCCGUUGUAUUCAUGAGUGGAAAUAAAUCAGUCCGUGCUGAUCUGCAGGUCUUUGCCAAAGCUUCAAGAUUCAGCUCUUUCUUAAAGGAGACAGUUGGGGACAUGCCGUCUCCAGCAACAGGAAAUGCAGCAAGUUUCUCAAUUUCAUUAGUCCUCUCUCUCGCUGUCCCCAUUACCUCACUGUUUCUGGUGUCAGGAUGUUAGUUCUGUUGUGAAGUAGUUCAUUGUUGCACUUAAAAGUUGAACAAAUCAUCC